UCUCCCUCACUAAGUGACGGCCGAAGAGUUUAUUUGCCUUUUCCUCUUCCGCAGGGAACUGUUCGCCUUCGCCCCUUCGGUUGGAAGAGACUGCUAAAUCCGGGCGGGCUACAAGGCCCCCCGCGACGCCGCAGAGCGCGGGGAAGUGACGGGUUGGGCGUUUUGCGGCUGUAGCUUCGCACGGUGCGCUAGCGACGGCCCUCCCCCCGCCCUCUACACGCAGGCACCCUCCUCCCCCUUUUUGGACCUGGGACAGGAUCUCGGUGGCUUCGGGGAUGGCCGGGCCGAAGUCCCGGGAAUGAGCCACCGGCGCGAGGGAAAGCGGGAGAAGCCUCCUCCUCCUCUUCCUCCCUCUGCCAGCGGGCGGGUGUAAACAGGAGGCUGCGGGCAGCGAACGGCUUCUCCUCCGGCUGGAGAGAAGGGGGAAGAGAAGGAGACAGAGAAGAGCUGUGGCAGGAUGUCUUCUAUAGUGACACCUCUAGUGAGGUUCUCCACGUAUGACAAUGCCACCUACCCACCUUCUACCACAUUAGUGGCGCCGUUGGAUAAUGUAACUUCUGCACCCCUGACAACUGCACGGGCUGACGUCAACAUUACUGUGCCACACAAAUGCUUGUUGUUGUUGUAUGAAGACAUUGGGACAUCCAGGGUCCGUUACUGGGACCUUCUGCUGCUGGUUCCCAAUGUGCUUUUCUUUGCGUUUCUCCUCUGGAAGCUGCCCUCUGCCAAGGCCAAAAUCCAUGCCACCUCCAGUCCCAUCUUCACCACCUUUUACAUACUGGUGUUUGUGGUAGCUGUGGUUGGGAUUGCUCGAGCGGUUGUCUCCAUGACAGUCAGCGCUUCCACUGCCGCUACGGUUACUGACAAGAUCCUGUGGGAAAUCACAAGAUUCUUCCUUCUGGCUAUUGAACUGAGCAUGGUGAUUCUGGGCCUUGCAUUUGGUCGUUUGGAGAGCAAAUCCAGUGUUAAGCGGGUAUUGGCUAUCACCACAGUGCUGUCAUUGGCCUACUCUGUCACCCAGGGAACUCUGGAGAUCAGUUAUCCUGAUGCCAGGCUCUCUGCAGAAGACUUCAAUAUCUAUGGUCAUGGAGGAAGGCACUUUUGGCUUGCAAGCUCCUGUUUCUUCUUUCUGGUUUAUUCAAUGGUGGUGAUGCUUCCAAAAACUCCCUUGAAAGAUCGUAUUUCCCUGCCUUCUAGGAAGAGUUUCUAUAUCUAUGCUGGGAUUCUUGCUGUGCUGAACCUGGUGCAGGGCAUUGGUAGUGGUCUGCUCUGUGCAGGUAUCAUAGAAGGACUGUGCUGUGUUGAUGCCACCACCUUCCUCUAUUUCAGCUUCUUUGCUCCACUCAUUUAUGUGGCGUUCCUGAAAAGUUUCUUUGGUUCCGAGCCAAAGAUCCUCUUCUCCUACAAAUGCCAGGUGGAUGAGCCCGAGGAUGUUGAUGUGCACCUCCCGCAUGCCUAUGGUGUGGCCAAGAAAGAAGGCCUGGAUUCCAGCUUUUACUCCAGCACUCAGAUUGACACUGCAGCGUACUUGGAUGAUGUUGCUUCCAUGCCUUACCACGUGGGCAGCAUCAACAGCAUUGACAGUGACCGCUGGAAAGCCAUCAACUCUUAAAGGCGAUCCUUUGGAAGGAUGGGUCUCUCUUGCAGCCUUGCAGCUCCAUCAUCAGUUCCCCUUUUGGGACUCUUCAGUGUGUCGCCUUCUCUUUCCUUCAAGUAUUUUUUUUAAAAAUUAAUCUUGAACGGAGCAUAAAAAUCAGUCUUCCCAGGACAAUAGCUCUUACCUUCGUAGGAGAACAAACCAGAUCAGUUUCUAAAUGCUGAAUCUUCGUGUCCUUGAGCGUUCCAUGUGCACAUGGUUGGACAUGGCUGCAACAUUUUCUUGGUGAUAAGCCACACAUGCAGCUAGGAAGUCUUGGCUGCUCUUGUAUAGCAUUAUAUAUAGAUAGCUAUAUAAUACAUUAUUUGCAUUCUAUUUUUUAUUUUAUUUUUUUGGCUUCGAGUAACUGUAGGAAGGUGGGACUGCUCCCCACACCUUCAACAGCUGCAGUUUGGUGGGAAUUGUAGGGUGAGAGAAGUCCACACAGGCUUCCUGAUAGAAAGAACACUUAAGAAUGAACUGCUAAAUGUUUCCAGAAUUCUUCACAGGGAAUCUGGGAGCAAGUGUGUGCUUGUGUGUGUGCAUUGUAAUAUAUAUAUAUAUAUAUACAUGCGCUGACUUUCGAAGAAGAGGGCAGAAAAGCAGCCAGCUGGGAAAUGUCUUGGUGGAACUUGUUGCUGUGCAACUAAACGACUGUGACUGGCUGAGAAGGAGCUGUGAGUUGCAUACACUGUAUAUGGUCUGAGUUUUUAGAACAAAAACUUAGCCAAGCAAAGAGCUUAUAGAACGAGGAUCUGCUUAUGUGAUAGAGUUUUAAAUGGGUCCUGAGGAGAAGUGGAGGCAGAGUGUUGAGAGUUGUGGUUCAAAUGGGCAGUUCCAAAAAACUGGCCCAUGGGAUAGGACAAGGCAGAAGAUGAAUGGGAAAUGAUCUGGUAGUCUGUGUGUGAGAAAUUCUGAGCGAUGCUUGGGAUGGCACCAAAGUGGAAAACAGGGUUGGAUGUCUAGUGUGAAGGAGGGCUGUUGGACUCUGUGCCUUGGAUUCAAGCUCUGUCCAGUAUACCUUUAAGACCAGGUGAUACUUCCUUGAACUUAGCAUGAGGUUCAUUCAUCUCUUCUGCACUGAAGAGAAUGUCACGCCGAAGACAUAGCUGGCUGGUCCCCUGACAGUGGUGGUAGUAGCUGAUCUUCAGGGUCUUCCGAGGUCAGCAGUGAAGGAAGUUUAUCCCAGGCAUAGGCAAACUCGGCCCUCCAGAUGUUUUGGGACUACAACUCCUAUCAUCCCUGACCACUGGUCCUGUUAGCUAGGGAUGGUGGGAGUUGUAGUCCCAAAACAUCUCAAGGGCCGAGUUUGCCUAUGCCUGGUUUGUGGUUUAUCCUUUAGGAAUAGUGAGGGUGUUCUAUGCAGGAGGCAGACCCAUUCUAAUGGAGAAAGUUGGCUUCACCUUGUAAGACAGAAUGGGAGAAUUGGAAAAUGAUAAAAACCUGCUUUUGAAGCACAUGCAUUUUGUGUGCAUAGCUUAUAUUGGAAUCAAUGUUUUCUCAUUUUCAUGUUUUUAUUACUAAAUGCAAAAAUGGGAACACUUACCCUUGUGCGAAAUGCUGGAACAUUUGCCUGAACAGAGGUUGAUCAGGAGGCAAAUGUAGUUACAGUCAAUAAAAUCCCAAAUUCUAAGGCUGAGAAAGCAAAAACACCCGGAAAAUGCACAGAGGUUUCUUUACUUUCUUUACUUUUGUUUGCUGCUACCAUUUUGGGAUUGAUUUUAGCACCCAAUGUGCAAGGUGCAGAUGACCAAAGCACACAUCCUUGGAGGAAAGUGGCUUUGGAAUUAAUAGGACAUGUUUUCAAGUAAACCUCUCUAGAAUGAAGGUGCAUACAGGAAAAACUAUUCGGCUUCCUUUUCCUCCCCCCCCCAAUAUCUUGAUUUUUAUAACAACAACAACAACCAAAUAUUCCUCGAAUUUUGCCACACCUGGCCUUGGUCUCUUUCAGCCUGCCAGCUCUGUUCUCCAGGUUGCUGUCCUCCAGGUUGCUGUUGCUACCCCCAUCCCUCUCGCUGUGGAGGCUGCUGUGAUUCAGUCGAUGGCGUGGGGCUGUGGCGGCCCGCCGGGUGGGGCUGAGGGGGCGUGCGGCUGCAUGUCCUGUCACCUGUGGGUAGCUGCAGCGGCGUAGCUAGCAAACCCGAAGGCACUCCGUGGGAGGGGGUGUCCAUUGCAUGCAUGCGUUGCAUGUCAUGACUCAUGCGUCAUGACGCACGAUGCAUACACGCACAGGAGGGAUACGGCGUCCGGCAGGCCUCUCCCUCUGGCCCUCUCUCUGCCCGUCCUUACUGCCCUCCGCCGGCAGCGCAGCCCUCGCACGCCUCCACGAUGGCCCUGAAGAAAGCCAGGCGGCGGGAGAGCAGGAUCAGCCCCUGCGGAGUCAGCCAGCGCAAAUUGGCUGUGAGGAGAACCGCCUCGAGUGCGGUAAGGACAGGCGGAGGGAAGGCCAGAGGGAGAGGGGGAGGCCUGCUGGACUCUGUAUCCCUCCUGUGCGGGCAUGCGUCAGCUACGCUGCUGGCACCUAGGCCUUGCCUCCACGUGGGCGGCAAGGGGCGCUUGCUCAGCCUCCAUGCAGCUCCCCCACUCGCUGGGGCGCCCCCCGAGGGGCCGGCGCCUGGAGGGUUUGCCGCGGCGCUGGGUGGCGGAUGGCUACGCCCCUGCAGCCAGGACAUUGGGGCUUUUCCUCAGCGGUGGCCGCGUUGUGUGGCAACGGCGGCGGCCAUCAGAGGUGGUCACUCCUGUCCAGCCUGCUGCCCCCCGCCCCCCAUUACUACGCCACUGGGUAGCUGUGGGCAGGCAGCCCAUUGAGGGAUCCCGCCCCUGGGAGCUUCUUGUUUCGGUUUCGGUGGGUGGGCCGAGCCGCUGGGGUGUUCGCUUGUGGAGUGCAAAGGUGGAGGGGUGCGCAUGGCGGUGGAGUCUGCUGCUGCUUUGUCCAGGGAGGCAGGGGCACUGAUGACAAGCUGCAGCAGGUACUGUCAUCUGCUAGAACCUCCUCCUCUACAUCUCCUCCUCCCUGGCUGCAGAUGGUGGCGAUGGACGCCAUGGAGUCCACGGGAUCCUGCGGCUGAUGCGUUGCCUUUCCUAGGCGAGAUGAUGGCUGUUCCUAUCCAAGCUGGGCAAAGUGCACUGCAAGCAUGGCCUCGGGGAUGUUGUGGAAUGGUGGGAGGGUGCCCGCUGGUUGGUCGUCUUCUUGAUACGAAGAAGAAACUAUAUAGAAAGAAGUUGGAAAAAUAACAAAGUCCAAAUCCCUCUCCCGUUGGCAGGGAUUAGAUGAGCGCAUGAUGUCAUCCACUCCAGGAUAAUGGUGUUCAGCAAAAUGGCAUUGAGCCCCUUUUCCUUGUUGAUAAAACAUCCCUUCCUCCUCAUGGCUUGAAACUUGAGCUGUUUGUGAUUUUUCUGCUGCCAAGCCACAUCAGGAUUUAAAAGGCAACAAGAUCCUUGACUUCACUUUUAAGACUUUAAAAACUACUUUUAAAGAAAUACAUGUUUAAUUAUAUCUCUGUUUUGGAUGAGUUGUGAAUGCAGAUCAAGAAUUGUUGUGGUAGAAACCCGCACUUUGCCUUUAGUUUUUGUCUACUGCCCAGGUUAGCCUUUUCUUAGUGUUGUUUGAAUUUGACACAACCAUUCAUUCAGACUUGCUGCUAUUAGCUGCAUAGACAUCUCACCAUGGAGGUAACAAAUGUACUGUGUAGUUUAGGCUUCCGUAAUGCUUAUGGCACUAGUCAUACCCCAACAUAUGAUGCCCCAAAUUCGACAAAGAGGCAGUCGUGGGAGCUGUGAUGUGACCUUAAUGUUAUCCAGUCUUUUGAAAUAACAUGCUUGGCUGGUGCCGUAGCUUCUUUGCUUUCUGUGAAAGGCGAGAAAGGCAAUCUCAAUUGGCUGCAGAGCAAAUGCUGGCGAAGAUGUCAUAUAAGACAAUGAUGUCAUACAAUUAAUGCUGCCCUCCCUCCAAAUAAAAAAUAAAAAAAUACUCAGCUGGAAUUAUAGAUGCUGUCUGCAUGAUGGUUAAAUACUGCUAACCAGCCAAAGUUGGGACCCUUGGAAACGAACAUGUCUUUUAAUUUCCAUGGAUCCCCUAUAGUUUCAUAUAAAAAGUGUGCUGUACACCUAGUCCAUCAAAUUAAAAAAAACUCCUGAACAUGGGCUCCUUUGGUGAUGUGAAUCAGGAUGAGGCUGUAUUUGAGUUACAGUACUGUGUUUGCUGUAUUAGCGAUUUAUAUCAAAUGCUGGCCAAUCAGUGAGCUGUGAUCAGAUCUUCCAUCACAGAAUGGUCCCUGCCUCCUUUUCACUGACAUUUUAAGCACCUCCUCUGUACAUCCCACAUUGUACUUUGCUGCUGAGGAGUAUCUGCACUAAGUGAAGGAACUGCCUCCUUACAAGCCUUGUGAUCUAUGUGUGUAUAUAUAUAUAAAUAUAAAAACGCCUCCCUGUUGAGCACACAGUAUUGUCCAUGAGCAGACAAAUGUUUGUGUGCCCCUGGGUGUGUACACAUGGCAUGUACCAUGUGAUGUUGGAACAGAGAUUAAAAAAAUAGAGUAAUGUAUAUUUUUGUCUGUAAAAUAAAUGAACUUUGACAUAAAUUAAGGUAUCCUUUCUCUCCUGAUAGAGGCUGUGUAUAUGUGUUCUUGCAUUUUUGCACUAUUUGUUUUCUACAGAGCUAAAGAACCUGAUCAAUAACAAAAUGCUCCGAUUCUGAGGAAAAGCAAAGAACUGUUGUGUGUGUUUGGUUUUUUCCUUUAUCUGGCUAGGUCUUAGAAGAGCAGAAGUGAUAAGGAUUCCCACCCCCAGUAGUUCAGCAUAACUCACUAGCAGUCUUACACCCACUUACUUUACUUCUGAGUAGGCAGGUAUAGGAUUUUGCUGUUAAGUCACCUGAUUGAAGUUGUUGACUUUGAAGGAUGAUUUGUAAGGAACAAAUUUUUAGAAAUAUUAUAAUUAUUAAUAAAGUUAUGGUACCUCCUUUAUUUUUAGUUCCAAGAUGUAUCUUGGCUUUUUCUUUUUCUUUGUAGCCUUCAGGUUUGCUCGUUGUUGCCAUCCUAUGACUAUUGGAAUAAAACAGUGUUGCCACUGCCAUUUACUUGAUUUGACUAUAACCGUACCUCCAUAAAUCACAUGAAUUGCAUUUGCUGAGUGUGAAAUUCAGUGGCAGGUCAGAGCAAAUGCCAGUCUUCAGUGAUUUUUAUCAGGAAUGGUAUCCAAGCUCUCAGCAGGUUGAUGUGAUGACAUUACAUCAUCCAGAAACAAUGCAUUAAUCGGGGCUUGAUGUAAAUUGGGGGUCCACAGUCCCACUUGUCACACUCAUAGCUAGUAUUCUGCUCCUCCAUCCCCUCUUGCAAGCCUGGCAAGCUGCAAGUGUCCUAGAGAUAAGGUUAGGACUUGUUCUCAUGCUGUACUUCUGAAGCACAUGGAACACCAUGGAACCCACAGCACAAUCCCAGGAAUUAUCUCUGCCCUGUACCAUGUUUGGAGCUGGAAAAAAAGGAUUGUGCUUUUUGGAUGUGCCCAUGGAGUGUGGAGCCUGAAUCAAGUUUUGAGUUGCCUGAGUGCUUCUCAGGCAAUUUGGGGGAAAUUGAACUGGGAGCUGAUCUUGAACUACUUGGUAUUUGGGGGAAUAAAUCAAGGUGAAUUUAUUGAGAUAUGAUUCAGGGGUAAUGAAUGCAGAUACUUGAAGAGGGGCACUGAACUGAUUUGACACAAGAUCUAUUGGAAAAUUAGCUGGGCACUGCUGAAUUGAAAAUGAACUGAUUGGGGGAAGGAUACAAAUUAAAGAAUUUAUCAAAGGUGAUUUAGAUGGGAAAUUAGUUGCCUUGCCGCUUUGGACAUUCAUAUUCUAAAUCUGUAGCUAUACAUCUAAAUAAACUCAUUUAAAUUCGUGGCGAUAUGCCCAUGCCCCAGAUUUUUUAAGCUCCUGGCAGCACCACUCAGGUGUUGCAUUAUAAAUGAUCCAACAGAAUAGUCUUUUAUUACGGGAGAAAUUUAUAUUUAAAAAAUGUACAAUUGACCAAAAGGACAGAAUUUUUCCAUUUCAUGUAGGGAUAAUUACUAGGCAGCAACAAUAUCUGCUUUUGGAAAUUUUUGGGCUCAAAGUCCUAAAUCUAAAGUUUUGCUUAGGCCUGUAUAAGGGCUUGAGCUAAACGAGGGUUUCUCAAGCUUGGGUCUCCAGCUGUUUUUGGACUACAACUCCUAUCAUCCAUCAUGGAUGAUGGGAAUUGGAGUCCAAAAACAGCUGGAGACCCAAGCUUGGGAAACCCUGAGCUAAACCAAAGGUUAUAUUGAUUUCACCCACACUCUUUGAACUGCUGCCUCCACCAAGAAGGAGACCCUGCUUAGGAAGUUGCUGCAUACCGAGUCAGACCAUUGGUGCAUUGAGCUUGGUAUUAUAUUGUCCACAUGGAGUAGCAGCAACCUCUCAGGGUUUCAGGAAGGGGACAUUCCCAGUCCUACUCAAAGUUGCCUGGGAUUGAACAUAGGAUCUCUAUGAUAUGAGUUUUGGCCUUGAGUUUUUAAAUUCCCCUCAGUCUCGGAAACAGUUUGCCAUGAGGCAUUGAGGGUCUGUUUGAUGGGAGGAGGGAAAUCCUAAACCCUUGUUG